AUGUGUCCAUUUCGAGACUAUAACAAAGCAGUCGAAAAUUUGAAACGUUUAGUCAUUUAUGUCGACUCUGCCCCAGAAUGUUAUGUCAUGAAAGAAUGGGAUGUUGUCUUUAACAAACCAAGAGCAACAAUAGUUUCAGAACAAGAAUGUAGACAGAAACUUAAGAAAAUAAAAGUCGUACAAGUUGGCAUGAAGAUGUUAGAUGCUUGGGAUAUCUUAUUGUCAAAACUUGAAGAUUUUUCAGUUCGAGGUAUAAAGUUUUAUACACCUUCUCCAAACUUCUAUUCUAUCUUCACUGGAUAUAAAUACGAACAAGUAGAAUGGAAACACAGUAUUAUAGAAGCUUGGUUAGACCAUGUCAAAGAAAUUAUAUGCAAUGGAAACGAAAGAGUCUAUGAGUAUAUCUUAUGUUGGUUUGCAAACAUCUUACAACAUCCAAGUGCUAAAAAUGAAACUGCUCUCAUUAUAAUUGGAAAACAAGGAACAGGUAAGAACACAUUCUUUACAGAUAUCUUGUGCAAACUGUUAGAAGGUUAUUCGAACCCUAAUAUGACAAACUUAGAAAACAUCUGCGGUAAAUUUAACUCCUCAAUAGAGAAUAUGAAACUUAUAGUUUGCAAUGAACUUCAAA